UUACAGUUACAACACAACCACCAGCGGGAAAAGUGCUAAAAAAACUGCUAAAAGUGCAGCUAUAUAAAACACUUAAAGCAAAUAAAGUGCAAAUCGAUAGCGCAAGUAAAGCAAAAAACACGGUAAAAAGUGAAAGUGCUAAAGAGUGAAAAGGACAGAGAAAGAAGACAAAAAGGGAGCUGAAAGGAGAUUCGAGGCAAUUGGCGCUCGGCGCCCAAACCACGCAUCAAAAUGUUGACCCUUUCGACGCUGCUCUGCUGCAUGAUGGGGCUGACAUUGUGCUACCAGCGGCAAUCAGUGAAUAACAACAACAAUAACAAUCACAAUAAUGCAGAUGCAAAGCCAACACAUUUGCCACCAUUACAUUAUCCGCAUGGCCACAAAUGGAACGAGCCGUAUUUCGAUCUCACGAUGCCAAGGAAUAUUACAUCGCUUGUGGGCAAAUCCGCAUAUUUGGGCUGCCGAGUCAAGCAUCUGGGCAACAAGACGGUGGCCUGGAUUCGACAUCGGGAUCUGCACAUACUCACAGUGGGCACGUAUACCUAUACGACGGAUCAGCGUUUUCAGACCUCCUAUCAUCGGGAUAUUGAUGAGUGGACACUGCAAAUCAAAUGGGCUCAACAGCGAGAUGCUGGCGUAUACGAAUGCCAAAUAUCGACGCAGCCAGUGCGCAGUUAUUCGGUCAACUUAAAUAUUGUGGUGCCAACUGCAACGAUCCUGGGUGGACCUGAUCUCUAUGUGGACAAAGGAAGCACCAUAAAUCUUACAUGCAUCAUCAAAUUCAGCCCCGAGCCACCGACUCACAUCUUCUGGUACCAUCAAGAUAAGGUACUCAGCGAGGAGACUUCGGGCGGCCGUUUGAAAUUUAAGACCAUUAAAUCUGAGGAAACCAAAUCAAUUCUACUUAUCUACGAUGCGGAUUUAUUGCAUUCCGGCAAAUACUCGUGCUAUCCAUCGAACACUGAAAUAACCAGCAUUCGCGUCCACGUCCUACAAGGCGAGCGACCCGAAGCCAUGCAAACGAAUGCGGCACCAGCUGCUGUCGCCCUUGCCUGGACCUGCCACACCAAACAGGCCACGCAGGCAGUCAAAGUAAUUAGCACAAUGGUCGCGGCAUUUGUAUUGUUGGAGGCCUGCUGCACCCUGCUGCUCCAGGGAACAGGCCAGCGACCAACGGCAAGUCAAAUUGCCCAGACACAAAGGACGAGCAGCAGCAACAGCAGCAACAUCAGCAGCAGCAGCAGUUGCUGUGCGGAUAAUGGCAAGGAGCAGGAGGAGAAGAAGGCGACGUCUGGCCAGGCCAAUACAAGUGAGACAACUGCACGGUGAUAAAUUAAAGCCACACACACAGUUUGGAACGCCACCGCCAAUGCAACAGCCAAGUGAGCGAAUGUAACUAAAGUGGAAGUGGUUGGCUCAGCCCACUGGAGAACAAUCAAGAUGUGACGCUUGGCUGUCGCACAAAUGAUGCAAUGCUGAACUCGAGCCAGAGACGCAGAGGGAGAAUCAGUUGCAACUGCAGUUGUAGCAGCAGCAAAGCACAAGCAUGCCACAUGAUAAUAACACCAAAAAACAAUAAAAACUAAAAGAGAAAAAGAAAACAAGUUAGCUAAUUAUGCUAAUGAUGAGCAUUUGCUGCUGCUUCUACUGCUUUUGGUAUACUCUUUAAGUUGUAAGUAACUGCGUGUGUAAUUAAGUAGGUUAGGGAUAAGCCACGCCCAUUACGAGCUCGAGCUGUGUACAUACUACUCUUAACCACAAAAGCACUAUAGGCAUUAGCGGCACGGACAGACAGACAGCAAAUGUCCGUAAACUUAAGAGAAAAAGAGUUCGCAUAUUAAAUACACAUACGUACAUAUAUAGAGAAAUCAUGGUAUAUAAAGGAUACUUAUAAAGGAUACUUAGCCGUGGGGAAUCUUUUAGUUCUGUAGUCGGGCUUGUGGCAAUAACAUGUUAUAUACUCCAGGGUUUUUCAAUCUUCUUCGCUGUAUAUAUUGAUUUGAUUUUGUGAAUUUGCAUUCGUUUGAAUAUAGCUCGAUUCUUUAAUAAAACGUUUAGCUUGUAAGUCAUGUAAAUAGUAAGUUUAACUUUAAGGCAAUUUUGCAUUUUUUUAAUAACUUCUUUACGAUUAACUUCUACAUAAUUUUUAUAUUUUCAAAAUGUUCCUAAAUGAGCCAGAACCUUAGCAAAAUUCCUUAGCCCUACAGUACAAUAUUACCCAUUUCGUUAGCUCUUCCUUUUUGCAACGAAUCUCAUUUGUUUUCACAGGAAUUUCAAUUGAGAAGAUAUGUGUUAUGGUUCUGUUAUCUGUGACUGUCUCAUAAAGUUGGUUGAACUAUUUGAACUUUUGCAGUUUGCAUGGGUCCUGUAACUUCCAUUUCAGCGUGUCCGGCAGUAGUUCCCCUCAGAAAGCUGCUAGUCACUUUGCCUGUCAACAAAAUAUUUGCAUUUCCAGUCGCCGAUUGCCGUUUGCCAUUUGCCAGUAGCCAUUUGAUAUUUGCCAUUUACCAAGUCGACCACUGGAGUGAAGUGUUGCACCCAAAAACUUUAGCUUGAAAGCAUUUCGUUCGCCUUUUGCGACCCGGGUCGAUAACCACAGGUACUCCCCCCAUAUCCACAACAUCCAUCCCAACUGUUUCCUUCACCUUUCCGCUGCGCUCAGCGUCGUUUAAUGUGUCACAUUUAAAAAUGCAUGGGACUGCCGACUCCCGACUGCCGACUGAGUGUCCAGAGUCCAGUGUCCUUCUUUAAUGGUCGGGCGACUAUUAAAUGUUAUGGCCGGCAGGGCAUUUAACUGAUCAAAAUUGUAAAUAAAACUGAAUACGAGUAUAUGCUACUAAUAAAUUAAUACGACAACUACAACUACAACUAUAUUUGUAUUUGUAUAUGUAAAUGUGAGUGUGAAAGUGUGUGUGCGCAGUUUUUCCCCCAAAGAGAAACGCAAAUAUUAAUAUUAAUAAUUAAAAAUUAUAAAUGUGCGCCAUGAAAAUUAGUCGCGACAUUUAAAUGAAUGUUUAAUGAGUAAAUGAAUGUUGCUACAAACAGAGAACAGAGAACAGAAAAACAAACAAACCGAAACCGAAACAGAAACCGAAACAAAAAAAUUACAAGUUUAAAUAAACAACAAUAAUUGCAGUUAAGUGCAAAGAGUACAUACUUAUAUAUACUUAUGUAUGUACAUAAAUGUAUAAAUUAAGUUGAGAGUAUUAUUAUCGGACAUAUGUAAUAACAAUAAAAGCAAAAGCAAAAGCGACCCGUAUAUAGCAUGACACAGAGGUCAUCAUCAUGAUGACGUUGAGUAGGGAUGAUCAUGGUAUUUUGUUGCAAACAAAAUGAAAACGCAUUAUAAUGGAUUAUGAAGUUGUUUUUAAUAUUUAAGUGAGUGGCGCCAGCUGAGCGUUAAUAAGCAUUAGGAUUAACUAUAUAUAUAUGACAAAGGAAACAAACAAUAUAUAUAUAUAUACUAUAUACUAUAUAUGAGAACUUGUAUAAAUAAAAGCGGCAGAACAUUUA